AUGUUCAAAAUCAUCGCCCUCGUUGCCUGUCUGACCGUUGUUGCCUCUGCCCAGUACUACGGAGGAGAGCACGGAGCGCCAAAGGCCGCCGCCCACCACGACGAGGACUACAACGCCCACCCCAAGUACAAGUUCGAGUACGGCGUCAAGGAUGCCCACACCGGAGACCACAAGACCCAGUGGGAGUCCCGGACGGAGACGUCGUGGAUGGAUGAGGCCGACGGAACCCACCGCAUCGUUGACUACAAGGCCGAUGACCACAACGGAUUCGAGGCCGUGGUCAAGACCGUCCAUGGACAUCACUAAGUGGUGGA